ACUCUGAUAUUUCAUUUUUAGAGAAUUAUUAUUCGAUUAUACGCUAAAGACAAAACUAAAGUUCAAUCUAUUCCUCAUUUGGGGGGGGGGGUAUCACUGCAUUUGGGGUGAAGCUCAAAGAUGAUGCGGUACAUCUGUGACACACACCUAAAAAUGGCUGCAGUGCAAGUAGCAUCAUAAUUACCAACAUGGGAGGUUAAACCUUUAUUUUUAAAUGCUGGAGUUAGACUUGGUAGGCGCUCAAAUCACCCCGAUAUUUUUAUUUGCAGGACUAGCCUAUCAAGCCCUUAAUCAAGAUUUUUCCGAUUCUUCUGGUGCAUUCCAAAUGAAAAAUUUUCAGCAGAGCCGCCUACUGUACGAUUCCAAGUACCCUGCCGAGGUAUAAAUCUACGAAUCUAAGCUGAAGACCGGCCGAUGCGGAAAUCGAGGCAGCUCCAGGAGCCAGCAAACGUUAAGUAGGUCCGUCACUCAAAAGCUCUUAAAGUCAAGUCAAAACAAAUACAUAUUCUUUGAGAGUAAUGACAAGAGCUCUUGGGCAAAGUUAACAACCCUCGAUUAUCGUGGUCCUUUCUGGUCCCCAUGCCCUUUAUUUCCAUUCUAAAGUGGGGCCUUCAUUCUAACACCAAUAAUGCUAAUACUAUCUCAAAAACUGGGAGCAGCUGAGGGGGACUCACCACGCAGAUGAGGGGAUGUGGCUAGCGGCCUAGCGUGAGAAAGGACUAUCCAGUUGCUCCAAUGGAACUGGGCAGCACGUUCCUAGCGGAAGUAGAGUUGGUCCAGAUUCCCCGAAGAGCCUCACAGAAUUUUAGGUCUUUAAGCCAGACUCUCAUUUAUUGCUCACUGCAAAUCCUACCAUUACUAUAUACGAACACAUAAACAUAAAGGCCCCGGCUGGGCCCUUGGGUCGUUUGAGGGUCGCAAACUAAACUACACUAAGGAGGGGGGGACCCCGCGCGCCCGCAGUCCGGAGGGAUGGAAACUCCCCUCGCCCACCGGGCACCGCGCACGAUCGCGCCGCAGGGCCGGGCUGGGGACUGGAUUGGGGGGGACCCACCGGCCACAACUCCCCGCUGCAAACCACAUGGGGAGGGUCCGUUCGUUUCCCGCUGCGGAGCGCAGGCCGACUUCCCCAGACACGGAGCAGACGAAGGUGAGCACAAGCGAGAAAAAGAAGCAAGAUGGCGGCCAGCCAGCCCUUACGUACUACGUCAUGACGCUACGUACGUAAAGCAAAUCUCUGCAGGACCGCCCACCGGCGCAGAGGCGGCCGGGUCACGUGAAGCCUCGGCGGCGGCGCCACCCCAGCGGAAGGCGACGGUGCCUCCUACUGGAAAGAGAGGUUUCCUGCAACCCGAGUUAUCACUGCAAGACGAAGCUUUCAUUUGGAAAGUUUCGGGGACUCUUGAACUGAGCACAUUACAAAUUGAAACUUCUCAUUGUCAUCCUAAGAAACCAGUUAUUCUUGCAAUGGUGAUUUCAAAAGGCAAGCCUUCUAAAACUCCUUUAAAAUGUAGAAAGAAAGAUUCUCGAAUGUUCGAGGUUCUUCGUGAUCCUUACUGCUUGAUGGGAUCCUUGCUGCUCUUGGAUGUGACAAACCCCUUCAGGAGUGAAAUGCGGGCCACUCUGGCCCUCUUUGAGCAGAAUAGGAGCUAGCAUGUGUUUCACUCUCAUUGCAUGGUUCUGCACAAAUAAGUGUUACCGCUUUCCCAAAAUACUUGUUGAAAGGAUGACCAAUUUCAGAAAAAGAAAAAUACUGCCUAAAAUUUUAGAAAGGUAC